GACAUUGACAUCACGGAAAUACCUACCAAAUAUGAGAAAAUAAUGGGCCAAUCCCAAAGAUACAAUACAUCACAGAUAAGACUCUAAAGAUAAAAAUAUGACAUUACAAGAUUGGAUUGGACCAAUCGGAAAUCGGAAAGUUUAUACUUAUUAAUACAAUCAGAUGAAUCUUCAAAGAUUAAUAUUUAUAGAAGAAAAUCUAUAACAUAACACACGAUAGACAAGGCUAUGCCUAAUAAAAUACAAACUCAAGAAAGAACUCCAUUGACGUCUGAACAGGCUGUAUGGUCAACGAUCUUUGCCUGUCCCAAAGUUGGGGACAAAUAAAAAAAAAAAAAAAAAAAAUAUUUUUGUUUUGAUUUUUAUACGUAUCAACAAAUGUGAUUUCUGAAUGAAAAAUUAAUUAAUAUGGACAUUAACGUGUAUGAUAUGAGCUAAAAUGACAACGAUUGAACCAAUAAUUUAUGAAACUUUUUCAAUAGAAACUUUCCCUGUAAUCUUAUAAACAUGGGGAGGACGCAGCGUAAACGAAGACGCAAGAAGUUGGUGCAGUUUUACACGUGUAACAACGAAAACAGUUCAAUUUUAUUGAACACCUGGUUGUCGGACAAUGGACUGCGUAGCAGUAAGAAACUCGUAUUCGCCAUGUUCGAAACAACAGGGCGAGGUCUCCUAACAAAAAAGAAAAUUUCUGCUGGUGAAGAGCUGAUGAACCUACCCCUUAAUCUAACUAUUAAUGUGACUAGUUUAUUAAUGGAUGUCCUGUUUUGUAGAAUUUUUUUAGAGAACAAAAUUUCCUGUCUUUUAAAAUAUAAGCAAAAAGUUUCAUUCCAAUCAUUGAUGGCAUUUUAUCUUAUACAUUUAAGAGCACAAGGUGUUAAUUCCAAAUGGCACGUUUACUUAGAAAGUCUACCCAAAGAAUACACAGUCCCAUACUUUCUGCCAAAUGAAAUGAUAUGCCAUAUUGAUAGUGAAAUUGUAAACGAGAUAACAAAACAAAAAAAUAUUAUUGUAACCUCUUUUAAUAUUUUUAGUGAAGUUUUACAAAAUACAACAUGUAAUUAUAUUGAAGUACAGAAUUUGGGAUCAUAUUUCACAUUAUCAAGAUAUGAAUGGGCAUAUUUCACUGUCAACACUCGAUGUGUUUACAUGGAUUUAACUAAACUUAUUGACUCACAAAACUUAAGUAGUACCAUUUUGUCUCUCAUUAACGAUAAUACUAAAAUAUCACUGUGCCCAUAUUUAGAUAUGAUUAACCACAGUCCAAAUGCGAGGAAUGAGACAAAACUAAUCAUUAAUAAAGAUUUAGGUAAUUUACCACUAACAAAACUAAAUGAAGAUAUAUUUUCUGAUGUACGCUUUUCUAUUUACACAAAGAAUAAUUUUGAUCCAUAUACACAAGUUUUUAUAUGCUACGGAGACAGUCAUAAUUUAAAAUUGAUAACAGAGUAUGGUUUUUUUCUACCAUCAAAUGAUAUUGACUUUGUACCAUUUACUUUUGAUGAUAUUAAUUUAUAUUUAAAUUCAAGAGGUGUAAAACUUUCUGGAGAUCAAAUAGCAUUUAUAAAUAACCAUGGACUAAAUAAAGAUUUGUAUAUUGAUUUGAAAGGUCUAAGUUUCAAUUUCUAUGGUUUAUUGAUGGUAGUAAAGUAUUAUUACAACAAAAAUCUAGAUAUAAGUAGAUUAAUUUAUUCUGCAGCCAUUUGUUCUAAUGAUAGGGUUUUAAUAGAAUUUAUAAUGCCAAUGGUGAAAGAUAGACUUGUAAGUAUAAAUGUAGAUCUAGACAAAUUGUGUAGUUUUAGUAAAAAUAUGAUUUUAGAUAAUUGUAUCAAUCUCAUGGGUCAAUAUGUUAAUAUAUUAGAAAAGUUUAUUAAAUGUUAGAUUUCAGUAUA